AUGACCCAUUUCAACCAGGGUCGGUCAACUGAGGCGGUCAAGAACAAGAUUGCCCCCAAAUAUGACUACCGGGCAGAGGAAGAUCUUCGCAACUGGAUAGAAGAAGUUACAGGCCUGAGUAUUGGGACAAACUUUCAAUGGGGCUUAAAAAAUGGCAUAAUCCUCUGCGAACUUAUAAACAAGCUACAGCCAAAUUCAGUGAAGAUAGUCAAUGUGUCUUUAUUAAAUUGGCCUCAAUUGGAGAACAUUAGGAACUUUAUUAAAGCCAUUCAAGCUUAUGGUAUGAAGCCACGUGACAUCUUUGAAGCAAAUGAUCUUUUUGAGAAUAAAAACAUGACCCGAGUUCGGUAUACACUGGUAGCUUUAGCAGGUCUGGCUAAAACAAAAGGAUUCCACAGGACAAUUGACAGUAGCGUCAAAUAUGCAGACAAACAAGCAAGGUGUUUUGAUGGAGAGCUAAUUCCUGAACAAAGUAGGAUUGGCUUGCAGAUGGGAACCAACCGAUAUGCCGGCCAGGUAGGAAUGACAGCCUAUGGGACUAGGGACUAUCUUUAUGAUCCUCAAAUGCAAACGGACAACCUUUUUGACAGGACAAUAGUUGGUCUGCAGCUGGAUACUGACAAAGGAGCCAGUCUGGCUGGAAUGUUAGCACAAGGUACUGGAAGAGAGAUCUAUGAUCAGAAGCUAACAUUAGGACCAAUGGACAAUUCAACGAUUUCACUACAGAUGGGUACCAAAAAAGUUGUUUCCCAGAAAGGAAUGAAUGUCUACGGGAUUGGGCGACCGGUAUAUGGUUCGAAAUAUUUUGCUGCACCAACAGAACCCGUAAUACAUGAUGGAAGCCAAGAAAUAGGAACAAAUGGGUCCGAAAUCAGUGACAGUGAUUAUCAGGCAGAAUUUCCAGAUGAAUAUCAUAGCAAGUACCAAGAUGUCUGUCCAAGAGAAUACCAAUAUAGUGAGCAGGGCACUGAUUAG